UCUUUAUUUUCCUAACAUAUACGGCAUUGUGCGGUCUUUGUUAACGUUGUAAGCAAUUUCGAUUUUGAUACUUUAUAUAUGUACAGUUUUAUGUAAUAAUUUGGAACUCUUGUAGAUUGAAAAUCUUAAAAAGGAAUUAUUUUAUCAUUAUUUCAACUAAUAUAGUUUGUCACUAUGUCUGAUUUAAGUAUGUUGAUGGAUAUGGGCUUUGACAAGAGUCAAGCCGAAAGAGCAUUAGAAGUCACUGGUAACAAAGGAGUUGAACCAGCCAUGGAAUGGCUCCUGGCACAUUCGGAUUCAAAUGAACCCGUUCCACAAGAAACAUUUUCAUUUUCGGAUGGAGAAAAAAAUUUACCUAUUCAAAUGGAAGUCACAGAAUCAGCAAAUCAGGAAGUUACAGCAAAUGAAGGUGAAAGUGAAGCUGUGACAGAAGUAGACGAAGAACUUUUAACUCAAGCUAAAUCUUUGAAAUGUGAUGAGUGUAAUAAAAAAUUCCGUACAGACUCGGAAGUCGAGUUUCAUGCUGUUAAAACUGGUCAUCAGAGUUUUUCAGAAUCUUCGGAAGAAAUUAAGCCUCUUACAGAAGAAGAGAAGAAAGAACAAAUAAAAAAACUGGAAACUAUAAUCAAGCAACGAAGAUUAGAAAGACAAGAGCAAGAAAAAAAAGAAGCCCUUGAAAGAGAAAUAAGCCGUAGAAAAACAGGACAAGAAAUCACACAAGUGAGACAAAAAAUGCAAGAAGAAGAAAUGAAGCAAUUGGCUGAGGCAAAAAAGCGUGAAAAGCUAGAGGCCAAACAAGCUAGGCAACGUGUGUUAGAACAAAUAGAAAGAGACAAGCAAGCUAGGAGAGAAAAAUUUAACAUGCCUGCUCCGAAUCCACAAGCAACAUCACCAACUGUGCCGACAAAAGAAAUAGUAACUACUCCUGUAGAAAACUAUGAUCAAGCCAGGAUUCAGGUUAGACUCAUGAAUGGAGAAUGUUUGACUCAAACAUUUGGUGCAAAUGAAGAAUUAGCUGCUGUGCGAUUAUUUGUCCAAAUGAAUCGUACUGAUGGCUCUACACCAUUUUCCUUAAUGACGAAUUUUCCUAGAAAGGUGUUUACAGAAGAUGAUAUGAAUACGCCUCUUAGCAAAUUAGGCUUGGUUCCAUCAGCUGUUAUAAUUGUAUGCAAGCCCCAGUGAUUGUGUUGAUCUUUUUUAUUCAAUAAAGAAAGCUUUAAAAAAUGUAAUAUUAUUUUUUAUUUUAUGUAAUAAAAUGUCAAUUUUCAAACUGGUUUUGAUUUAGCAUUUUUUGCUGAGUGAAAUAUGUUAUUUCAGUUUGGAUGUGAUAUGUAAUUAAAGUAUAUUUUAAUGAUG